CUGUCUGCUGGAAUCAGCGCCUCCUCAAUAAACACUGGAACAAUCCUCAUCAGGCGGAUUAGUUCUAAAAAAUGGCACUAUACGUUUGAUUAUCAGGGGUAUCUACAGUCUGUACUGAUAUCGGAUUAUAAUCUGUGAUAUGUUUUUCAUAUUUCUAUAUAUAUUUUUAUUGGAUUAUAACCUUUGAUUCAGCGAUCUAUGGGAGUCGCUGGGGGGGAAGCCUCGCAACCUGUGCGUUAUACGGUCAGCCGCUGUUUGGCCGUUUCCACAACGGAUUGCCGUAAGGGGACAGCGGAUGCGACGAGGGACGCUGUGAAGCAGUAGUAUGCGUCCGCGGCGAUGGCGUUCCGCGUGCUGGCUGGAUUAUAUCUUUACACCGUCGCCGUGACCUUUCUCGGAUGUCUGCACGCUGAGAUCGUUCCGACUCGUACACGCCGGCCCACCACCACCACCACUCUCGGUCCCACCGAUCAGUGCUAUAACUGCGCCUACAAACCUCGACGACAGUUUCCGCAGCGUGAGCAGCCGCUGUGCAAUGAGGAUCUGUGGAAGUUUGCCCAUUUUCAGAUUAUGGACGUGCCACUGCCGGAGAUGACCACCUGUGCGGCGGGGCGCUGCAGUCUGUCGCUGAGCUACGCCAAGAUUUUCGGCGACCCGACCGAUCCGCCCACCUCCAAGGUGGCCUUCGCGCUGGGCUGUCUGAGUCCGAGCACUCCGCUGAAUUUGUGCCUGGCGUACUCCUACGCCAACGGCAGUGAUGGCCGCGUCGAAGGCGGUAGCGACAGCUGCUUCCACUGCGGCGGCACCGGCUGCAACAUCAAGUUUUUGACCAAGUACUUCCGCUGGUUCGCCGACACCGCCGCUGCCGCCGAGAAGACCGGCCGGCCGCCCACCAAACUCCCGGACUUCUACGCGACGACCACGCCGUUUCCGUAUGACUACGACGAGGAAACGACGGCGGCCGCGGAGAGGGUGCUGGCGUUACCUUUACCGUUAAUCAUUCUUGCAUUGCUGGUUGUUUUGUGGUAGUUUCGAGACAAAACACGAAAGGUCACAUUAUACAAUAUUACGUAUAUAUUAUUUUUUUGCUCGGAUUUUAUUUAGAAAUACGUAUCAUUAUUUCUUAUUUUUAUUUAUUUUCAUGUAUGCAUCAGCUUUUGUAGAAAAGGUCAACGUGGAAUGUGCAAAUUUUGCUGCAGUACAGGGUUGAGGACGGUGACCUUUAUUCACUUCCGUAGUUUGUUUGUAACCGUGUGUUUUGCUUCGAUCUUUAACCCAUACGAUUAUUUGUUCGGUUUUUGAUUAUUGAUACCUGUAGUGAUUAUUUCUCCGUUUUUUGUUCGUUUAUUUUUUGCAAUUUC